UAUACCUCUCAUAUUCAAGUAACUUUCAUCCUCGUUCGUGCUUAGUACUAUACUUUCUAUUAGUUACGUGUAACAUAAAGUUGAGUAAACUUUAAACAAGGGUUUGACUUCGUUAAUGAUGGCGAUGACUGUGACGAUUCUGGUGGUGAUGACCUUGCUCUCUGUCCUCUCUUCUGCAUCGUGUGCUCGAAUGGUUGGAGGGAAGACGGAGAUCGCUGACGUGAGAACAAACAGGGAAGUGCAAGAGCUUGGGAGGUUCGCGGUGGAGGAGUUCAACCGUGGUUUGAAACAGUGGGAGAACAAAAAUGGGAGAGAGCAUGAGUUGAAGUUCUCAGAGGUGGUGGAGGCGCAGCAACAAGUGGUGUCAGGGAUGAAGUACUAUUUGAAGAUAUCUGCUACUACUCAUAAUGGGGUUGGCAAAAUGUUCACCUCUGUGGUGGUGGUGAAGCCAUGGCUUCAUUCCAAGCAGCUUCUCCAUUUUGCACCUGCAUCCACCAGCACCAUGGAGUGAAGAGUAUUACACAUAAGAUGCACAUAUGGCUAGAAUAUGCUUUGGAGCUAAAUAUAAAAUAAUAACCACUAAGGUUAAUCUCUUGACUAGAUAUGCAUGGCGGUAUUUGUAAUUGCAAGUGAGCUUUUUUCCUCUACAUUUUGUAUGGUAUAUAUGUGCUGGGGAGAACAGGAAAUUCAACUACAAGUUGAAAUCUACCAACCAACCAUAUGUACCAAAUUAAGAAAAUAUUGAAUAAUAACUAUAUAUAUGCUAAAGUUUUGCUCUAAA